UGGUCUUGUUGUGGCGCAUUUUACUGCAAACUGGGCACCUCAGUGCAAACAAAUGGCCGAAGUCAUUGAUGAACUUGUCAAAGAUAAUGUACAUGUGAAAUUUUUACAAGUAUGUGCAUUAUUAUGAUUUAUUUAUGAAAAACCAGUAGUGGAGACAACGGGAGAAGUACUGUAGGGUGAAGAAUUGAAUUGAAUUGAAUUCUCCCCCCCCUCCCCCACCAUAAGGAAAAACUUUUAAGAAACUAAUUAGAAUAGCUUGGGCAUUUUCUGAAUUUUUAAAAAAAUUCCUGUGUUUUAAAAAAUUUUCUCCCCUAGUUGCAUUUUACCAAAAAAUUUUAAAACAUGUUUUUAUUGAUCGAAAGUAAUUGUUUUGAGGAAAGAAAAGGUUUUCGACACUUUUAAGAAAGUUUAGAAUAAUUUGGGGCAGUUUUUGAUUUUUAAAAAAAUUUCCUGUGAUCCCCCUUUGCUACUCCUAGAGUACCUGUGGUCCUUCCUUUGCAUUUGACCAAAAUUUUUUAAAACAUGGGUUUUUUUAUCGAAACUAAUUUUUUGAUGAGAGGAAAGGUUUUUGACAAUUUUCAUAAAGUUUGGACUAGUUUGAGGCGGUUUUUGAAUGUAAUUUUUGAAAAAUUUCCUGUGGUCCCCGAAUGUCUGCAGUACAAGUAAUAACGUUUUUUAAAAUAAAAAUUCUUUGAUGUAGCUCAUAUAAAAUAUAUUUGCUAGAUUGAAGCAGAGGAUAUUGUCAGUUUAUCUGAGAAGUUCAACAUUGCCUCCGUACCAACAAUACUUUUUUUCAAGGUAUGAUAAUUAUAUUUUGCCAAAGUAUGUUAACUCAUUGAGCACAGCUCUCCCCUGGGUGAGUAAGAUUAUUUGACAUUAGACAGAGUGAAAUAAGAAAGUGGGGCGAAGUACAACUUAAUGGGUUUACAACCAUCGUAUUGUUAAGAUAUUAUCAGAUUAGAGACCAGUAGGUACAGUACAUGUACAGUAGAGAUGGAGCCAUUACGGUACAAUUGAUUGAACAGGAUUGCUGACGUAUUGCCAUGUCAUGCUGAGGGUGGCAACAAAUAUCAUGCAGAUGAAUUAAGCAAUAUUAGUCUAACUUGCCUUAACAUAUUGAACUCAGCCAUCAAGUUGUAUUAUUCCUUAAUGUACCCAACUUUUAUUAUUUACUCUGUCUAAUGCUAGACAAUUUUACUUGUCAAAGGGGGAGCACUGGAACUCUAUAAUUGACCUGUUAAUGACGAGAAAGGAAUGAGUAAAAUCAUGAUAUUACAUUGUUUUGUUCCAAUGAUCUUUACUGUUUAUUAAAUUAAUGAGAGGGUAUAGUGUGUAUGCUGUAAAUGAGUUUAUACAUUUGUAGAAUGAAAAAGAAAUAGACAGACUUCAAGGGGCAAAUGCUCCUGAACUGACGAAGAAAGUUACACACCAUGCAAGUACGUUUGUUGCACCAGUGACAAACAUAGGAAGUGACAAAAAAGAAGUAAGUGCACCAUAUAUGAUGCAAAAAUCAUUCCCUAACCCUUACUCCAACCUCACUUUGAUCAUGUGGCUUUUUAAUUCAUAGAGUCUUAAUGAGAAAUUGAAAAGAUUAAUAAACAGUUCACCAAAUAUGUUGUUCAUGAAAGGAACUCCAGAACAGCCUCGAUGUGGUGAGUGCCAUGUACUGUAGCACUGUACAUAUAGUAAAUGUCAUCUUUUGCAUAUGUAGGUGGAUGUUCUGGGGAGUGUCAGAAAAGCUCAGAUUCGUACUCAAAUUCUUAUUAUUUAUGGCAUUUUGGACACCAAUAUCAAACUUAUGGGCCUUAAUAAUUAAUCUGCCCUUGACUUUUAGCAAUAAUAUUUACAUAAAUUGCAACUACAGUAUAUCUGACUGUACAGUAUAUCUGUUUUACUGUAUAUCAUACUCGUGCAGUACAGUGGCUUUGCUAUACGAAAUCAGUAAAUGAAACGCCUUAAACCCAGUGGCGAAGCUAGCAACUGGUCAUCCUAUGCAAAUUGUAACACUUUCAAACUAUCCAACCAGUUGUCUUUGGUUUGGAGAGAAAAAAGGCACUGAUAACUAACUUAAAAGAAAGGCACUGAUAACUAACUCCAAUUAGAGUAUAAUUAUUAUUUUAUUUCUAUUCAGGAUUUAGUAAACAGAUUUUACAAGUUCUGACUGGAUAUAAAUUUGGUUCAUUCGAUAUUUUAACUGACAAUGAAGUCAGACAAGGUAAGGGUCAGAAAAUUGUUCCUUCAUAAGUACUGCAGUAAUAAUUCUUGUUUCCUACAUUUAAAAAAUGGUUGAACUGAGUUUUCAAAUCAGCUUCACACCAUCAAAAAUGUACCAUAAAAUUAUUAAACUAAAUUAGUAGCACCCCUCAUAAUGUGUUAACCCCCUCAUAAUGUGUUAACCUCCUUCGAGGGCUAUCAACUAAAGUUAGUUGUUACAUUAGAAUGUCUAUAGUAUUGUUUAAUUAACACUAGUCUUAAAUCAUUUGUCACACAGGUUUGAAGACGUACUCAAAUUGGCCAACGUUUCCCCAGUUUUAUGUUAACGGAGAAUUAGUUGGAGGAGUAGACAUUGUGAAGGUACAAAAUGUUGAUCAAGUAGUAAGGUAUACUGAGAUACUGUAGUGUAUGGACAAUAUAUUGAUCUAGUAUGUAGUGUCAAUAUUCGUGAUGGUAGUUUACGUAAUUGCCAUAAAAGAAAUAAACCAUAAAACCAUCAAUAUUUUGUUAUAGGAACUCUCAGAAAGCGGUGAAUUACAGACAAUGUUAGCAGAGGCAAAAGUAGAAGAUUUAAACGACAGGUAAGUGAUGGUUUUUUUAACAUACUGUAAAGUAAAAUUGUCUGACGUAUGUAAGACUUUUAAAAAUUAAAAAUUAAAAGUAAAUGUAUUUUUUCUUCACUCUCGCAAUAUUUUUCCUUUGGGCUGACAAACGUCCUAUCAAAAGCACGUGGAACUGAGCAUGUUAAUAAUUUUAACUGGUGUGCUGGCAACAAUAAAUAGCCCAAUAAUUUAUCUCAGUACUGUUAUUGAGUUACAUAUGCGGCCUUCUUGGCCUCGUUCGCGUUCUAAAAUUCCAUUCAAUUACAAUCACAUAAAUGAGACCAAGAAAGCUUAUAUUAAAGCUGUCUGUAUCAUGAAAGUAGUCUAUUUACUUUAGUGACUUUAGCAUUACUGGCUUAGGCCCCAUGUGAGCGAAGGGUGGGCCCAGGGCGGCUGAUAGGGGGACACUUUACCCCCGGGUCCCCAGCUCAAAAGGAUGUAAAUCCUAGCUGCGUUAUAUUGUCAGAUAAUAUGGAAUAAGGUGUAAUAUAUUGUAAAACACCGCUUCUUCCCAUUUACAAUUAGGACGUACGUCAUAGGGUCCCCCUUGGAUUGCCCGCGCACCCUCUUGGCGGCCCUGGGUGAGACUCGGGGUUUUGAGCAAACAAAACUAAAUCUGUUAUUCAUAAAACCAAUCAUUUUAUUUAGGCUGCACAAGCUUAUCAAUUCUGCACCAGUACUACUCGUCAUGAAAGGAUCCGCGCAGGUUGGUUUAUAAAGAAAUAAUGCACCGCAAAAAUACCGCCAAGGACCCAGACGUCUUUACUGUACAUAAGCGCCGUACAGGUGGAGAACAAAACGUGUACAAUUCUUGGGUUUCAAUCACGUGAUGCUUUAGCAUAUAGUUUACUCAAGUGGUCAACUAAAACAACAAAGAAACAAAAUGGCUGUCGACACAUCUCAUGCAAAUGAGUUCUCCGACUAUUAUAAAAGCCAAAUAUAAACAAUAUAAAAGCCGUUAUUUACCCUUGGCACAGACCCCCGAGUGUAUGUGACGUCAAAUGUAACCUGGGAGUACCAAACUGUAAUAUUGGCGACAAUGUAAUAUUAGUUACUUUGUUAUUUUAGCUUUUUCUUCCAAAUUAAUACACUGUAUUGCCAUACUCUUUGCCUUGUUUCCCAUUCGCUUAUAUUGCCUUGCAUUCCCUUGUGUAAUUUUAUCCUGUGCAGAAAAAUCAUUCUUCCAGAGCUCACAUUUGAAUAACAGGCUCAAAUUAUUUUGCUCUGUAUAUAGGAGCCAAGGUGUGGUUUUAGCCGACAGAUGUGCCAGCUUCUUGAAAACUAUCCAAGGUUAGUUUCCUCAAACUACUUGAAUGUACUCCAAAUUUGUUUCAAACCUUUUUUCCUUUCAUCAAAAUAAUGGCUUUCUUAAAAUACAAUGGGCCUUGAGGUCCUGACCCUUUGGUUUUUUCGCCUUUUUCAAAAGUUCAAACGUUGCAUGAAACCGCUUCUGAAACUAUUGAAUACAGUAACUGUGGUUAUGUAAAUAAAUUGCAAUUGAUCUAUUUCGUUUCCUAGUGUGAAAUUCUCAAGUUUUGACAUAUUGAAAGACGAAGAGGUAAUGUCGAAAUGUCUUUAUCUUAAGAUUUGUUUGUCGCUUUUAUUGCUCGUCUAGCGCAAAAUUUGUUUAACUCUGGGUUAAAAUUUAACCUUAUUAACUCGCUGUUUUGGUUUGCAAAAUUCUUCAGGUCGUUUUGUUUUAAAAAAUUCAGAAAAUCGGGAACUUUUAUUGAUCCAGACAACAUUUCUGGAGAAAUAUUUUGUAUUUUUCUAUUUCUAUCCUAGGAUUAAGCUAAAUGGCUGUUGAACAACCGGCCCCUGGGCUUUAAGUCUUUUGCUGUGUAAAAAUCAAGGUGUCAAUAGGUUCUUGCACCCAAUAGAUAAAGGCCAAAACCAGUUUGUGGAAUUUUUCAGGUACGUCAAGGUAUCAAAAAAUAUUCAAACUGGCCAACAUUUCCUCAACUGUACGUCAAUGGAGAGCUCAUUGGGGGACUGGAUAUAGCCAAGGUAAACUGAAUGAUGUUAAUUUG